CAAGCACCAUGGACUCCCUUGAUGAAGAGCAGAUUGAAACCCUCCGCAAGGCCUUCAACUCCUUCGACACUGAGGGCGCCGGCUCCAUCAACGCCGAGACUGUUGGAGUCAUCUUGAGGAUGAUGGGCGUCAAGAUCUCUGAGAAGAACCUGCAGGAGGUCAUCGCCGAGACUGACGAGGACGGCUCCGGUAUGCUGGAGUUCGAGGAGUUUGCUGAGCUCGCCGCUAAGUUCCUGAUCGAGGAGGACGAGGAAGCCCUCAAGGCCGAGCUCAGGGAAGCCUUCCGUAUCUACGACAAGGACUGCCAGGGUUACAUCACCACCGACAUCCUGAAGGAGAUUCUGGUCGAGCUUGACCCCAAGUUGACCCCCACUGACUUGGAUGGCAUCAUUGAGGAGGUCGACGAGGACGGCUCCGGCACUCUCGACUUCGAUGAAUUCAUGGAGAUGAUGAGCGGUUAAAUCAUCACUUUUCCGACUUCCUUCCUCAUCUCUCACCUCUUCUUUCAUUCAUUCCUCCAUCCCUCACCUCUCAGAAAAAAAAAAUCACCCUAGGUAAAAAUAAAACAAAAGAAGAAAUUAGUGCAUUCAUUAUAACUCGUCCUCACUUCCUUCAUUUUUUUUUCUUAAUUCUUCUUUCUUCAUUCUUCCCUCAUUAUUUCGUUCUUUGCGGCCAUUCAUUCUUCAGUUCUUAUCCACAUAACCCAUUCCAGUCCUGUGUAUGAUUUAUACAGUCAUUCAUUCCUUAAGCCUAUGGCAUUUUUUAUGUCCUUCUCCUUCGGCUGAAAACAACAACAAUAAACAACAACAACAGGAAUAUAUGACCUCAAUUUUCACCUUUAUUUAUUUUUAUGUAAAGAAGGAGGUUCUUUCUCUCCUCGAGGAAGAAAAAAAAAGAAUGAUACAUAUCUUUAUAUUUUUUAAGUAGUAUGGUCAUUGUUAUUUGAUAAUUCGGUUUGGAGCAUUGGCCUUACCAAGCUGUUCGGCCAUUGCAAUAAAGGUUUUGCUGAAUUACAA